GGAAGUUCAAUGGAAGCUCUAAUGGGUUUGCUUGUACAAACUACUUCGUUUGAAAAGUUGUUAGUUAAGUACAGUAUGGUAGGUGAACCCUUUUGAACUUUGUGGUGUAUAUAUAUACAUAUAAAGCAUAGACUGGCUGUCUCUUGCUUCAUUUUAGCUUCAAAGCUUAGCUAUUUCAUGCUCAUAUAUCCUUUUCUGUUCUAAAUGACAUCGUCUAUGUCAUCUUUAAGCAAGAGUAUAAGCAGUAGCUCUAGUGAAGAUGAUGCAGAGCAACUUAGGAGAGGUCCAUGGACCCUUGAAGAAGACUCUCUUCUUGUUCAUUACAUUGCUUGCCAUGGCGAGGGUCGAUGGAAUUUGCUCGCAAAACGUGCUGGAUUGAGAAGAACAGGCAAGAGCUGUAGACUUAGAUGGCUAAACUAUCUAAAACCAGAUGUCAAGCGAGGAAAUCUUACCCCACAGGAACAACUCUUGAUUCUUGAUCUUCAUUCCAGAUGGGGUAACAGGUGGUCAAAGAUUGCACAGCAUUUACCAGGAAGAACUGAUAAUGAAAUCAAGAAUUACUGGAGAACAAGAGUGCAAAAACAAGCAAGGCAUCUCAAGGUAGAUGCAAAUAGCAGAGCAUUUCAAGAUAUAAUUAGAUAUUUUUGGAUGCCAAGAUUAAUUCAGAAAAUUGAAGGAUCAUCUUCUUCCUCAGUUGCAACCACUGUAUCAGAAAACCCAACAAUUUCUCAAUCUAUUAAUUGUUCUCCUCAUGAUUUACUAUUGCCAACAGCAGCAGCAGCACCAGCACCACCUCCUUUGCCGCAAGAAAUUUCUUGUCAGGGAGGUCUUGACCACAACUCAGACUCUAAUUCUUGCAUUUCUUCUGCAGAAUCAAUCAAUAUGUCCCGAGUAACAGAAUACCCAAAUGGAUAUUAUGUUGAUAGUAUUUGCUAUAACAUUGGACCAAUGAGUCUACCAACUAUGUCUGACAGUCCAGCCGGCGAUCGCCAUUUGGCAGAAAGUGAUUGGGUUGGAUAUGAUUUUGAAGAAAAUACGUGGACCAUGGAUGAAUUUAUGGCAAUUUAGGAACUUACAAGAAGAUUAAGGAAAUUUGGGGUCUUUCUUUUGAUUUGUUUUAAUGAUCCAAAAAAAGAUAUUCAGCGAUAAAAUAUGUGAAUUUUUUAGGAUUGCUUGUGAUAAGCAAUUUUUUUUUUAACUUUUGUACCCAAAAAUUUGCAGCAACUGUGCAUUCAAGCUUUUAUAUUAUAUGUAAUUAAACUUUCACUUUAGAUCACAAAACAGAGUACUAUAAAAAUAAAUUUUGAAAAAUCA